AUGCCAGAUAUGAAUCUCGCAGAUAUGUCCGGAGAUGAUAUUAUGGAUGAUAUUCCUUGGCCCGACUAUCAUGAUAUUGAGAUCCCGCCAAUAUCUGAAAAUCUACUCCAAAGUAUUCGGUACAAUAUCAAUCUAAUGGAACCCGAACUCCUUGGUCCGAUUAAAGGUCCUACAGUCAGUGAUGAGGACUUCGUCUUUAUAAAGCUUAAUUUGAAUCAAAAGAGAACGAGAGAAGAACCAUAUGAAGAUAUUCCUUAUCUUGUACAUGAGCAUAGAUUCUUCAGCGGAAGAGAGCAGAGCUUUGAUUCUGCUAUGAGAGCUAGAGAAGGCCCAGAAAUACCAGAAUGGACACAUCGAGGUUUCGAUAUUAAUGAUGAAGAAGAUAUGGCCUUAUCAGACCGUCGAGAAAUUCAAAAGGGUCUCCGAAGCUAUGAUGCUACCUACCGUGCAAAUUACCUGAACCCCGAUCUUGUACCCGAAAAGAGAUUAGGUUCAUCGAAAAAAUCAGGUGCUAUGACAAACUGGUAUCGAAAAGGUCCUAUAGGACGCAGUCGAAACCCUCCCCCAAAACCCCGACAAGAUGUUGCGGAGAGAAUUUCUCAAGAUCACAUAUGGCUUCUCCAGCAAGAUAGCCUAGCUUCGGCCAAAGAUAAUGAAGAUAUUGAGAUGAGUGGAAUAAGUGUGAGCGGUGGGGGUAAUACCGUUGGUGCUGAAGUUAUUGACGAAAUAAGUGCUACGAUGGAUACUCCUGGUCCUUCCGAGUUUAAUUCUGGAUUCUGUCAAAUGAGUACUAUAAAUGAGAUUCCUAGUCCUUUGGGAUACAAGUCUAGUUCUGUUGGUGCAAAUAUUGUUCCUGCUUCAGGAUACAACUUUGCUGCUCCAGCUAGCACUGUCAACAAUGCUGCUGGUCCUUCUGGAUAUAAUUUUGGAACCGCUUCAGUAGUUGUUCCCACCAAUACGUCAACAACUGUCGCCAAUAAUACACCAGAUGCUCUGAUAUACAAUUCUGGAGCUGUCUUAAGUGCUGCUCCUAUGGAUACACCAAUGGCUUCUUCCAUUAUUGAUGCGCCAAAGCAUCCAGUACACAAUGCCGGUCCCAAUGCAGGUUCCAAUGCAAGGAACUUUGCAAACACCGCACCAGGCCCUUCUGGGUACAACUCUGAGAUUAUCGAAAGUAACAGUUCAAGCAUCAUGGCAGCUCUUUCCGGAUAUACUUCUGGACCUGGCAUAAACAACACAAUUAACACUGCAGCAAUCCCUUCGGGACACAACACCUUGUCAACUCCGACUCCAAGAGAUUCAAUUAGUACCAGAGGAAGUGGUGGAACAAAUACCUCGAGCGACUCUUCCCGUCCUAUCCCAGAUUACAAUCAAGGAUAUACUAAAUCUCUAGCCGAGCCCGUCAUACAUAACUAUGCUAAAUCUUUCCCUACACAUGCCGCCUCUAUCACAAAGAGCAUAGACCCUCACAACGUCAUUGAAGUUCAAUCUCGACCAAUUACCCAGCAAUCCAAUCAUCCCACUGCAGCCGCAUCCGCACCCGCACCUGAAACAAGCCAAGACCCCAACAUGGAGAACCUCAUUCCCAUCAACAAAAGGAUGGCCGCAAGAGACGGAAAAGAUGAAGACUGGCAGCCAGGUCAAAAGCCAAAACCAAAAGCCACCCGAAAGACUGCUAUUUCUAAAGCUGCCACUGCCAAUCCGAUCACACCAAAAACAAUCACUCGUAAAACUCCUACACCAAGGACCAGGAAGCCAAAGACUGCUAUUCCCAGUGUCGCUGGUCCCAUAGCUACCAGUCCUACAGUUGGAACACCCAACCUCAUCAAGCCAGCUGCCGCCCCAAAAACUAGGAAAUCUAGAGCCGCUGCUCCCAAAACUGUCGGACCCAAGUCUGCUGCGCUCAAAGCUACUGUUCCUAGAGCUAUCACCACUAGAAAUUCCACUCCAAUGACUGCAGCUCCUAGCACCGCAACCCCCAAAGUUCCCGCCACAAGAGCUAGUUCCAAGCCCAACACCCCCAGGCCUUCCUCAUCUGCUUCAACCCCCAGUCUCAAAGUACCCGUCACCAGAAAAUCCUCUCUCAAGAAGAGCGUUUCGGGAGAAAGUGCCGACGGUUCAUGGGAGCCUGAUGGAGAAGACUCAUAA